GUCUAGAGCGGUCAUAGGCAGGCUGAGGCGGCGUAGGAGCCAGUGUGUUUGCGACGCGACAGCCGCUGGGUGCUCCUCUCUGCUCGGUGAUGGUGAUUGCCCUCCGGAACAGGGAUGGAGGAAAUACCGGCCCAGCAAGCAGCAGAAUCUCCAAGGGUCCAGUUUCAUUCUUUGGAGAACCAGUCUGAGUAUCUGUCCCCUGAGCCUCCGUUCACGCAGGACACCGACAUGGAGCAGGGACUCACUGUGGGAUUUCCAAUUUCCAAGCGUGGGAUCUCCCAGCUGGAACAAGAUCUACAGGUCUUUGAUCUGGAAACAAGAGAAGUCUUAAGAGAGGACUACUCAGAUGGAGAGACCACAGAAGAAAACAAGCUGUUGAUUCCUAAGCAGAACAUUUCGGAAGAAGUACAUUCAUACAAAACAAGAGUAGGAAGAUUCAAACAGGAUAUUGCCCACGUUCCUGAGACUAGAGAAGUGUAUAAGUCUGAGGACAGAUUAGAAAGGCUUCAGGAAAUCCUAAGGAAAUUUCUCUUCCUGGAGAAAGAAUUUAGGCAAAUAACAAUCAGCAAGAAAACCCUCAGCAGUGAGAAGAACAAUGAAUGUAAUGACCCAGAAAAAAGCUUCAGUCUGGACUCCACCCUUGAUACAGAUCAGAGAGUUCUUAGAAUACAAAAUGUUGAUGACAAUAAAUACGACACAGACUUCAACCAGAACUCAACUGCUGAUAAACAUGAACAUGUAAGUCAAACACAGAGUUUUCAUAGUGACUAUAAAGAAAGCUUAAUGGACAUUUCCCACUUUAAUAAGUGGGAGAACAUUCCUGCUACUGAGAAAUCCUAUAAAUGUGAUGAAUGUGGGAAAACCUUCCAUCAGAGCUCAGCCCUUACUCGACAUCAGAGAAUCCAUACUAGAGAGAAACCCUACAAGUGUAAAGAAUGUGAAAAAUCUUUUAGUCAGAGCUCAAGUCUUAGUCGACAUAAAAGAAUACACACUAGAGAAAAACCCUAUAAAUGUGAAGUAUCUGAUAAAUCCUGUGAAGUGUCUGAUAAAUCCUGUAGGCAGAGCUCAGAUAUCACUCAGCAUAAGAAAAUUCACUCCAGAGCCAAAUCUUACAAAUGUAACAGCUGUGAAAGAGUCUUUAGUCGUAGUGUACACCUUACUCAACAUCAGAGGAUUCACAAAGAGAUGCCCUGUAAAUGUACAGUGUGUGGCAGUGACUUCUGUCAUACUUCAUACCUAAUAGAACAUCAGAGAAUCCAUCAUCAAGAAAAAUCCUAUGAGUAUAAUGAAAGUGGGUUAGCCUAUGCUAAACAUCAAGGAAUUAAUUUCAGAGAAAAGCCGUAUACAUGCAAUGAAUGUGGAAAAGACUUCAGAUUGAAUUCACAUCUUAUUCAGCAUCAAAGAAUUCAUGCAAGAGAAAAGCCACAUGAAUGUAAUGAGUGUGGAAAAGCUUUCAGUCAAACCUCAUGCCUUAUUGAGCAUCACAAGACACAUAGGAAGGAGAAGUCAUAUGAAUGUAAUGAUUAUGAGGAAAGUCUUAGUUACAGUUCAGAUCUUACCCUGCAACAAGAAGUCCUUACCAGAGAAAAAACCUUUGAUUGUGAUGCCUGGGAAGAGAACAUCAGUCAGAGAUCACACCUGGUUCAACAUCAAAGAAUCCAUACCAAAGAGAAACCUUAUGAAUGUAAUGAACGUGGGAAGACAUUUACUCAAGUUCAGACCCCUUUCAACAUCUGAGAGUUCACUCCUGGGAGAAAUCAUGUGUGUACUGAAUGUGGUGAAUCCCUUCACUCAUAGCUCAGCCCUUAUUCCACAUCAGAGAGUUCACACCAGAGAGAAACCUGAAUGCGAUGACUGUAUGAAAGCUUUUGCUGUUAAACUCUUCAUUGCCUCCUGCAAGUUCAUACAAGCGAGAAUAUGAAUUUAUUGAGUGUGGUGAACUCUUCCUGCUAUUUUCAUAUCUUGGUCACAGUUGGAGAAUUCGCUGUGGAGUAGUGUCAUUCCUGAGUGUGAAAACGUCAUCAGUUAAACUCUGUUCAGUAUCAAAUUCAUGCCAGCAGAAAUGUUGUGAAUGUAAUAAAUAUGUGUGUGUGAAGAGAUUGUCAUAACCCAACAAUGAUUCAGCAUCAAUCUGUGCCCAAGAAAAGUCAUUUAAAUACAGUAAAUGUGGCCAGUCUGUCAGGACUUUAACAAAUCUUUCUUAGAAUGUCUGUACCAGAUGAGAAUCUGAUACAAUGCAAAUGGAAAAAUUGUCACUGUAUCUUGGGCUUUACCUACCAUUUAAAUAUUGGAGAGAAAAUUCUUGAUUAUUUUAUGUGAAAUUAUUAGGGUUUAAUUCCAGUAUUUUUCAUUGCAGAAGAAUUUAGUUAGAGGGGUGACUUGGUGAAUGAAACUCAGUUUUCUCAUGGCAUUCUUUUAUUUAAUAUAAAGAUAUUCUAAGUGGUUAUGUAUAUUUUAUUUAUAGAACUCAUUUAUUGAGCUCAUUUUGUGAGCUAUUUUUAUUUUAAUAUGACCUAUAAACAUUUUAUUUUUUCUGAAAUUGCUUCUUACUCAAACUUUCCUUAAGAUAUUGUUAAUGCAUCAAUGUUAAAAACAUGUCAACUUCUGGAAAGUAGAUCAGUUAGCAUUCUCUGCUCUUAGCCCAAGUUCUCUCCAAAACAGACAUUUAGGCCUGCUCUUAAGCCACAAUACUUGGAUUCCUGUUGAUUUUUUCAUUCUUGUAAGCAUCUUCAAAUGAUGAUUUCCUCCUGAUUUUAACUUUUCACCAGCAGAUUUUCUGUCCCUACUUGAUGUUGCUGGUCUGGUAUUUUCUUUCCUAAAGCAAAGCAUCUUUUUAAAGGAAUUGGAUUUGCACGUCCAGACCAUCCUUAUGUAUGAAGGAUUCUGUUUCCUUGAGUUUGUGGCUGACUAAACAUUUCAACUGAAUAAGGGUAUCUAUGAGCCAACAAGACUCCUUGGGGCCUGUCUAUAUUCAUUCAGUGCCUAUUCUGCAUGUCUAAGUUUAGAAUUCCUUAAUGUGCUUCUAUUGACGGCCAGCAAAAUGCUCAGGUCUGCUGUUGAUAGGGCAAACAAAGAACAUAUAUGAGAAAAAACCAGAGUGCUUCGUAAGGGAAUGCAGCCCUUCCAACAAACAUGUUGCUAUACUCAUGUAAUAGCUCUAGAGACAAUAGUUCAAGAGAGUGGUUUGGAUCCUUCCUCUGAUUUCCCUUCAUCAAUCCAGGACAGUAUUUGAAAUGUGGGCUUUGUGUAUAAUCAUCAUUUUUGUAUUUUAAUAGAAUCUAUAGUCCAUAUAAAAGAACAUGACUUUUUUGAGCGGUAAAAGUGAUCACAGCUAUUGUUAGCUCCAGAGAGUUAGGAUCACUUUUGUAUACCUAAAAAGAGUUCAUGAUUCUUUAGGUGUUGUCAAAGCAUUUUAUUAUAUUCGUAUUUUUCCAUCUUAAGCUUCAUAGCAUUUUGUGAAUAAGACAAGUGUUACUAAAAUUCUAGUUGUCCAGCAGUUGAGGCUUUCAUAGUUCAGGUGUUAAUAUUUACUAGGGAUCCUCAGCAAAUAUAUAAAAACUUACUGCUCAUACUGUGAGCCUCUUAUGGCUAACCUAGUAUAGUUCUGCCACUGUAUUUUACUCUGUUCCUAUCACUAAGCACAGGAUCUUAAUCAGGGCAAGAUAGGGAUCUAAAUGAAAUUGACCUUGAAGUAAAAACAAAUGAAAAAUGCAUGACUUUUUCUAUCAAACAUGUAUACCUUAUAGACACCAACAAUCACCUCUGAUGACUGUGAAACAGGAUUGAUUAAUCCACAAAUAGAACAUGUAAAAAUCAUAUGUAUGCUUUUUGCUUAGGAAUGUUCUUUUGUACUGCCACUUGAAUAAAGGUGUACUUGAAUUUUCUGACAAUCUGUUUCAAAGAAAAUCUGAAGGCCUCAGCUAGAAGCAUUUGGGAAUCUUGGAAUCACCUUCCUGACGGCAACUCAGAUCCUCUGAAGCUUGAUUCACAGUAAGAGUCAGUCAUCCUAAUUGUAUUGACACCAUGCUUUCUUUUCUACAGACCUCUGGAAUAAAAGCUGAUCGUAUUUAAAGGGUUAUUUAGUUGGGAUGUUGUCAGUACAUAAGAGUAAAUCCUUCAAGGUUUCAGUAGAAGUAGGCAGAAUAUAAAACACAUUUUUAAAAGUGAGAAACCAAAAUAAUGUAACUUACCUGUUUAAGCAGAUGCUUAAUUGGUCCAAUGGAAUUUAUGCCUUUUUUUUUUUUUUUAAGGAUUUAUUUGUUUAUUUGAAAAGUAGAAUUACAGAGAGAGGAAGAGAAUCUUCCAUCCACUGGUUCACUCCCCAAAUGGCUACAACAUUCCAGGGCUGGGCCAGGCUGAAGCCAGGAGCCAAGAGCUUCUUCUGGGUCUCCCAUGUGUGUGCUGGGGCCCAAGCACUUGGGCGAUCCUCCACUGCUUUCCAAGGUGCAUUAGCAGGGAGCUGGAUCAGAAGUAGAGCAGCGGGGACUUGAACCAACGUCCAUAUGGGAUGCCAGCAUUGCAGGCAGCUGCUUUACCUGCUACACCACAAUGCCUUUUUGGUCUUGAAAGGGGAGGGAAGAGAAAAAAUCUAAUAGGGGGAUACCAUUUUUUUAAAAAAAUUAUUUAUUUGAAAGGCAGAGUUACAGAGGGAGAGAGACAUCUUACAUCUGCUGGUUCACGCCCCAGAGAGCCACAGUGACUGGAGCUGCACCAAUAUGAAGCCAGGAGCCUCCUCCGGGUCUCCCAUGCAGGUGCAAGGGCCCAAGGACUUGGACCAUCUUCUGCUUUCCCAGGCCAUAGCAGAGAGCUGGAUCAGAAGAGGAGCAGCCGGGACACGAACUGGUGCUCAUAUGGGAUGCUGGCGCUGCAGGCCAAGGCUUAAGCCCACUGUGCCACGGCGCCGGCCCUGGGACACCAAUUUUAUCUACUGUCUCUCGACCCACCUACAGGCACAUGUAUGUGUGUACAUAUUUAAGCUCAGUUCUCACAAUCUUGUAAGGGCGCCAGCUCCAUUUUAUAGAGGAAGUGAGGGGUAGAGAAGUUAAAGAACUAGUAACUUGUCAAAGCAAAUUAGCUCAAACUCAGUUCUGUUUGAGCCAAAGCUUCACAGCAUCAUGAUGGCAUUCUAUACAUCUGAGAAUCCAGAGCUUUCCUUUGAUAGCUCUUUGUUCCUUAUCACAUCCCCAGUGUUUCAGUGUUAAGUUUGCAGCUGAUUCCAAAGGUUCCUGGAGCUCCCUGGGAUACUAGCAGGGAAUAUGUUGAGGUUAAUUUAAGGAGCUAGUCACACCCCUUCUUGAAAUAACUUGAGAUAGUAACAAGUCAAAACUCCCAAAUUCACGUCCCCUGCCAAGACACCCUGCUCCCAUCACUAGCUUGACGCUUCCAUUUCUCCGUGCCCCAGAUAUGUUCUUACUUUGCUGCUAACUAAGAACUUGGCUGAUGACAUGGAUCUUCACCAAGAUUUUUUUUUCUUUACCAAGAUUUAUUAUCACCUCUGGUUAUAGUGUAAGAGAGUCUUCAAAAAGUCCAUGAAAACGUGUAUUAUGAAAAUAUGCAUGGGUUUCAAACACUUUACAACAAAAAAGUUACCUUUUAAUUCCAUGUUCAUGAGCUUUUUGAAGAAUCCUCACAUAGGAAGUAGUGGAAUCUCAGAAGGCAUUCAGGAGCCAAGGUUUAGCAGUGCAGGACUAGCCUUGAGGGACCCCAGAUUUGGGGAGCUUUCCUGUGGCUGGAGGCAAUGGGAGGCAUCCUGGGCUGCGGCAGAAGCUGCUCCUGGCAGCUGGAGUCCACGAGCGGACACUCGCAUCGUAAGGCAUCGCCUCUUGUGCGCGCAUCAAAAUACCAGUGUGUGGAGGAAUUGAUGUGCAAUCCAGGACUGUAAGAAUGAUUUCAGAUAGUGCCCUGUACAAGUGAAAAAUGCUGGACUUUUAACUGUUUUGCUAACAUCUCCCAUUGUCUUCACUUGUAAAAAAUGGUUAGCCUUCUGUACUUCAUUUAUGUUUAUAAAUUUACAACUUGGGCAUAA